CGCGCGGGCUUGUCAGUCGGCGCUGGGCAGCGGCAGGGGGCGGAGGCUGCGGCAGGAGCAGUGGCAGCAGUGGCAGCGAAAGCGGCGACAGCGCCGGCGGUGGAGGAGCUGCCGCCGCCGCCGCCCCCUCGCGGCUUCCUUUCCCCCGGGUCCGAGCGGCGGCCGCUGCCGCCGCCGCCACCACCACCGCCACGCUGAGCUCCUCUCGUGGGGCCCCUCCGCUGCAGCGCAGGACCAAAACUACUGUCACGCUGAAGCGCCACAGGUAGCCUUGCUUCGGACGGACCUUUCCGGCAUUUGACCAUUUUGCAGUGGAAUAUCGGCAACGCGCAAAUCUGGGUUUGAAACAAUGAGUUCGGUAGCCGUGUUAACACCCGAGAGCUUUGCUGAGCAUCGCAGCGGCCUGAGGGAUGAAGAAUCACGAGGUGGUGUCCCAGAAGAUGAGGCCUAUAUCCCAACUUAUCUGGAAGCUUUCCCUCCGCUCCCGGAAAAGGGGGCUCCAGGGGAGAGAUCCAGUGAGUUCACUGGAGUAUGGAACAAAAUCCGGCCUAUCAAAUCUUCAGUCAUCACCCAGGUGUUUCACGUCCCUCUGGAAGAGCGACGCUAUAAGGACAACAGCCAGUUUGGAGAAGGCGAUGAGGCCAAGGUCUGUGUGGACAUCAUGCAGAAGACGGGGGCUCAUAUUGAGCUUUCCUUGGCCAAGGACCAGGGCCUGUCCAUCAUGGUGACUGGCAAACUGGACUCUGUGAUGAAAGCACGGAAGGAAAUUGUCGCUCGGCUUCAGACCCAGGCUUCAGCUACUGUCACAAUCCCCAAAGAACACCAUCGCUUUGUGAUUGGCAAGAAUGGCGAGAAACUGCAAGAGCUUGAACUAAAGACGGCCACCAAGAUCAACAUCCCGCGGCCCGAGGACCUCAGCAGCCAGAUCAAAAUUAUGGGCACCAAAGAAGGCAUCGAGAAAGCACGUCAUGAGAUCUUGCUCAUCUCAGCAGAGCAGGACAAACGAGCAGUGGAACGCUUGAACCUGGAGAAGGUCUUCCACCCCUUCAUCGCUGGGGCCUUCAACAAAACAGUCCAGGAGAUCAUGCAUGAGACGGGAGCACGCAUCAACAUCCCCCCGCCCAGCGUCAGCAAGGAUGAGAUCAUCAUUACCGGGGAGAAAGAACCCGUCUCCCAGGCUCUCCUGCGCAUCCGCAAGAUCUAUGAGGAUAAGAAGCGCAAGACCACCACCAUCUCUGUGGAGGUAAAGAAGUCCCAGCACAAGUACAUCAUCGGCCCGAAAGGAAACACCUUGCAGGAAAUCCUAGAUGCCACUGGAGUGUCGGUGGAGAUGCCGCCCCUUGAAAGCAGCUCGGAGACCAUCAUUCUGCGUGGAGAGCCGGACAAACUGGGGCCAGCCCUAACUCAGGUCUAUGCCAAGGCGAAGAGUGUGAUGGUAGCUGAAGUAAUGGCCCCAGCCUGGUUACAUCGUUUUAUAAUUGGGAAGAAAGGACAGAAUAUUAGCAGGAUUACCCAGCAACUCCCUAAGGUCCACAUUGAAUUCACGGACGGCGAUGAGAAGAUCGCUCUGGAAGGACCCACCGAGGAGGUGGAAUUGGCCCAAAGCCAGAUUCAGGAAAUCAUUCGGGACCUGCUUAGACGGAUGGACUACACCGAAGUGCUUAUUGACCAGAGAUUUCAUCGCCAUCUGAUUGGGAAAAACGGAGCUAACAUCAACCGGAUCAAGGAACAACACAAAGUCUCAGUCCGCAUUCCUCCUGACAGCGAGAAGAGCAACCUGAUCCGGAUCGAAGGAGACCCCCAAGGGGUACAGCUGGCUUGUAAGGAGCUCCUGGAAAUGGCGGCCCGGAUGGAAAAUGAACGCACCAAGGAUCUGAUAAUUGAACAGCGCUUUCAUCGGACCAUCAUUGGGCAAAAAGGCGAGAAAAUCAAGGAGGUCCGGGACAAGUUUCCAGAAGUGAUCAUCAAUUUCCCCGACCCUUCACAGAAGAGCGACAUUGUACAGUUGCGUGGGCCCAAAAACGAGGUGGAGAAAUGUGGAAAGUACCUACAAAAAGUCAUUGCAGAGCUGAUCGAAAACAGUUUUUCCAUCCCGGUUCCCAUUUUCAAGCAAUUCCACAAGAACAUCAUUGGGAAAGGAGGCGCCAAUAUCAAAAAGAUUCGAGAGGAAACCAAUACCAAGAUUGACCUCCCCACAGAAAACAGCAAUUCUGAAGUGAUCCUGAUCACCGGGAAGAAGGCCAAUUGUGAGGACGCUCGGGAUCGUAUCUUGGCCAUCCAGAGAGAGCUGGCUAACAUCAAGGAAGUGGAUAUCUCCAUCCCAGCCAAACUGCACAAUUCGCUGAUUGGGGCCAAGGGGCGGCUGGUGCGCUCAGUCAUGGAGGAAUGUGGCGGGGUGCACAUUCAUUUCCCUUCCGAAGGCUCGGGCAGCGAGAAAGUCACCAUCCGAGGGCCCGGUGAAGAGGUGGAAAGAGCGAAGCGCCAGUUGCUGCAUCUUGCCGAGGAAAAGCAAAUCAACAACCACUCAGUGGAACUGCACGCUAAGUCAGACUACCACAAGUUCCUGAUUGGGCGUGGAGGUGCUAAUAUCCGCAAAGUUAGGGACCGCACCGGUGCCCGGAUCAUCUUCCCCACCCCUGAGGAUAAGGACCAGGAUGUUAUCACCAUUGUGGGCAAGGAAGAGGCAGUACGGCAGGCCCAGCAAGAACUGGAGAGUCUCAUCCGUAACUUGGAUAAUGUCAUUGAAGACUCGAUGGUGGUGGAUCCCAAGUACCACCGCCAUUUUGUGGCCCGUCGGGGACAUGUGCUGCGGGAGAUUGCAGAAGAGUACGGUGGGGUCACUGUGAGUUUCCCCCGGACAGGUGUCCAGAGUGAUCGCGUGACGCUCAAGGGAGCCAAGGAUUGCGUGGAGGCGGCCAAGAAGCGCAUCCUGGAGAUCAUCGGUGACCUGGAGGCUCAGGUGAUCCUGGAAUGCAUCAUCCCGCAGCGCUACCAUCGGGUCGUGAUGGGAGCGAAAGGUUACAAGGUGCAACAAAUCACCCGGGAUCACGAUGUCCUCGUCAAGUUCCCGGAGCGAGACGACAAUUCAGGUUCAGAAGCACAGUCUCAGGAAAAUGGCGAUGUGACGCCCGAACUGGACACGAGUCCUCGCAAAUGUGACAUCAUCCUCAUUUCCGGGCGCAAGGAGAAGUGUGAGGCUGCCCGAUCAGCUUUGCUGGCUCUGGUACCCAUCACCAUGGAUGUUGACGUUCCCUUUGAUCUGCACCGCUACAUCAUUCGGCAGAAGGGAGCUGGCAUUCGCAAGAUGAUGGAAGAAUACGAGGUGACUAUCUCUGUACCGCAGCCAGAGCAGCAGUCCGAUAUCAUCAAAGUCACUGGCUUGGUCCCCAACGUGGAGCGAGCCAAGACCGGCCUCCUGGACAGGGUCAGAGAGCUGCAGGCUGAGCAAGAAGAUCGGGCCCUGCGAGGGUUCAAGCUGACGGCGAGCGUGGAGCCCAAGUACCAUCCCAAGAUCAUCGGCAAAAAGGGGGCUGUCAUUUCCCAGAUCCGCAAGGACCAUGAUGUCACUGUCCAGUUCCCCGACAAAGGGGAUGAGCAUCAGGACCUCAUCACGAUCACUGGCUACAAGAAAAACGCCGAGGCUGCCCGAGACGCCAUCUUGAAAAUCGUGGCAGAUCUUGAGGAGAUGGUCAGCGAAGAUGUCCGCCUGGAUCACAGAGUCCAUGCCCGGAUCAUCGGUGGGAGAGGCAAAGCUAUCCGCAAGCUCAUGGAGGAAUUCCGGGUGGAUAUCCGUUUCCCGCAGCCGGGUUCCAGUGACCCGGACAGAGUCACCGUGACGGGAUUGCCUGAAAACGUGGACGAUGCCAUUGACCACAUGCUUAACCUGGAAGAGGAAUAUAUGAUGGAUGUGGUGGAAACGGAAACCAUGGCUGCAUAUAUGAAGCCCCCCUCCCGCUUGGAAGAGGAGCCUCGGGGCCCUGCCAAGGGCUUUGUAGUGCGUGACGCUCCCUGGAACGCUUCUGGGAACAAGGCCCCCGACGUGAGCAGCGCCGAAGAGUUCCCCAUUUUUGGCACCGGCGUGGUCCCUAAGCAGGCAUCGGUUUGGGGCCCUAAGAAGUUUUGAGGUCAGGGACCACCACCACGGCUGGCUCUCCGGGCAAGGCCUCGGGGGGCGGGGGGGGCACUGUGGCACCCUCAGCUUCCUGCCGCCAGCUGCCUCUUGCUGUCCAAGACUCUCUCCUCUUCUUCCUCCUCCUCCUCCUCCUCCUCCUCGCCUGCACUUCUCUCCGUGACUCUGCAAAACCAUUAACCGAUCAAAAAAGCCAUAGCCUCCCUCCUGUUCCUUUCUUCUCAUGGAGCCAAAAGUAGGCCAGGUUGUAAGCACACAUAUGUAAAGGAGCCUCGUGCAGCUACUGGGGUUCUCCUCCCUCUUCAUUUGCCAGAUUUAAGGGCAUUAAACUCCUAGCUAGAUCCCGCUUCCGCCUCUCAGUUCCAAGAAAGGAGUAAGGCACCCAACUUUUCUUAGCCGGUUCCUUCUCCUCCCGGGGUGCUGAGCGUGGGCGUGCAUCCAGAUCUCCUGGAAGAGGUUUUGGGGGGUUCGGACUCGCUGAGGUUGAAGCACAGUUCCUCUUCGCCCACUCAAACCACCGCUGUCUGCUUUCGGAUGCCAGGAGCAGCUUAAUCUUGGCUUGUUUUCCUGGCCCCCGUUGGUGAAUUUGGAGCUGGGGAGGAGCAAAGCAUCGUUGCAAGGAGAAAGUGUGUAUGUGAAGAUCUAGGAACAAGAUUCUGGCUUGGUGUGGGUGGAAGUCCCACUUUAGAAGCAGGUAGCACUGAGAAACUUUGGCAACUAGCAGCCUUCCUCCUUCUCCUCCUCCUCCCUUUUUCACAUCCUUCUGGAGUCUGGGAAUGUUUUUUAAUAUUUUUUUUCUCUUCUUCCUCCAUUUUCAGCUGUUUCCCAUCUCCUUUCCCGCCCCCCCCCCCAGCUCCCCAUUUCUUCCCUUCCCUGUGUCUUCUUUCCACUUUCUUUGAACCGUGUCGGGGAAAAUAUGCAACUCUUGGCCCAAGAGGCAGAGAUUCUCUUUGACUCUCCUUCCCUUUCAGUGACUAGUCCUCAUCCUCCUUCCCAGGUUUUAAACUGUGAUUUCUCGAGUGAGAGAGAGAGUGUGUGUGUGUUUGAGUGUGUGUCCACACAAGAGUAAACGAGAAUGGCGAAGAUGCGAGUUAAGACCCGCCCCCCCCAGCUCCAUCUCUCCUCCCCCUCGUCCCCCACAUCCAGGUUGCCCUAUCUGUGCGUGACGGGGCACACAACGUAACAAGUACAAAAAAAAAAAAAAAGGAAAAAGAAACAUAACCUAGCGGAGCGACAUAAACCGGUUUCUCAUUUUUCUUUUUUUUUCUUCUGAAGAAGGCAGGGUUUGGGGGAGAAAUGAAAAUAUGACGAAAAUCAGAAGACACUAUUGGCCUUAAACAGGAAACAACAACAACAACGGGGUGGGGCAUAAGAGGGAGAGAAAAAAAAGAAACUUAAGUUUGACAAAAGGAAAUAUGCAAACUCUGUAGGUCACACAGUGACCGGAAUUUUUUUUUUUUCUAAUUCCAAAUUAAAAAAAAAAAACUGUGAGGGAAA